UAGUGAGGGAGAGCAUACUAGUAGCGUUCUGAAGCCAUCCACUCCCGAACCUUCACAGAGCAGUGUUGCCAGGUCAGCCAGGCUUUUAGUGCCACCUGGAGGCCAACUUUGGGCGGGACAGAUUCCUACUAAGAACUCCACCUUUAUAUGAUUUGUGGACUCAAGUUUACUUGAAAAGAAAAAAAAAAAAAUUAAGUAGACUAUGUCUUUUCAGAUAUGCUCAGCAAAGACACUUACGAGCAGGGAGCUAGAACCAGAAAUUGAGUAUUUGGAUAUGAAGUAAAAGCCUAAUAUGCGAGCAGUACAGUUACUUGGGCACUAUUGAAACGUGACUUUGUUUGGUUUAUUUCCUCACCAAGACAUUGUAGACAGGAAGAGGGAAUUGUCUGUUGUAUGUAAUGCUCCUUGAGGCUGCCCUGGUAUUUCUUUUUUUAAAAAAUAUUUAUUUGGUUGCGCAGGGCGAGUUGUGGCAGGCGCGCUCCUUAGUUGUGGCAUGCAAACUCUUAGUUGCAGCAUGCAUGUGGGAUCUAGUUCCCUGACCAGGGAUCGAACCCUGGGCCCCCUGCAUUGGGAGCGCGGAGUCUUAACCACUGCACCACGAGGGAAGUCCCUGCCCUGGUAUUUACUUAGGGAAAAAAAGGCACUUGGAGCUGAAGAUGGACCAGGCUUUGCUGCUCAUCCAUAAUGAACUGCCUGGGACAAACCUGACCAUCUACUGGAAUUUCGAUCGCUGUUAUCAUUGCCUUCUCCAGGUCCUGGUUGACGUCUCCCAGAGCAGGAAACCCGGGGAGCCCAGCAUUGAGGCUGUGGCUGUGAGCACCCAGCACGGAUCCAUCCUGCAGCUUAAUGACACUGCGGAGGAGAAGCAAGUUUGUAGGCUGGAAUACAAAUUUGGGGAAUUUGGAAACUAUUCUCUCUUGGUAAAGCACACCCACGAUGGAGUCAAUGAAAUUGCAUGUGACCUGGUCGUUAAUGAGAAGCCAGUUGACAGUAACCUUCCCGUGAGUAUCGCAUUCCUUGUCGGCCUGGUGCUCAUCAUUGUGGUGUCCUUUCUAAGGUUCGCGCUGAGCUUGGAAGACUUUCGUGAUUGGAUUUCUAAAGCCAUAAAUUCUCAGGAAACGGACGGCCUCAUCAAUUCUGAGCUGGGGUCUCCGAGCAGGGCGGGCGACCCCCCACCAGAGGCCUGGCGUCAGUCGGCGACCCCCCUGCGCCUCCGCUGCGUGGACACGUUCCGCGGGAUCGCUCUCACCCUCAUGGUCUUUGUGAACUACGGAGGUGGGAGAUACUGGUACUUCAAGCACGCGAGUUGGAACGGACUGACGGUGGCUGACCUUGUGUUCCCGUGGUUUGUGUUUAUUAUGGGAUCUUCGAUCUUUCUGUCAAUGACUUCCGUUCUGCAGCGGGGAUGUUCAAAAUUCAGAUUGCUGGGGAAAAUUGCGUGGAGGAGUUUCCUGUUAAUCUGUAUAGGAAUUGUCAUUGUGAACCCCAAUUAUUGCCUUGGUCCACUGUCCUGGGAGAAGGUGCGGAUCCCCGGCGUGCUCCAGCGGCUCGGGGGCACCUACUUUGUGGUCGCCGUGUUGGAGCUGCUCUUUGCCAAGCCCGUGCCUGAGAUCUGCACCUCGGAGAGAAGCUGCUUUUCUCUGCUGGACAUCACAUCCAGCUGGCCCCAGUGGCUCUUCAUCCUGAUGCUGGAAGGUGUUUGGCUGGCCUUGACCUUCUUCUUACCUGUUCCCGGAUGCCCUACCGGCUAUCUGGGCCCCGGGGGCCUCGGAGAUUGGGGCAAGUAUCCGAAUUGCACGGGAGGCGCUGCCGGCUACAUUGACCGCCUGCUCCUAGGAGACCAUCACCUUUACCAGCAUCCUUCCUCGGCUGUGCUUUAUCACACCGAGGUGGCCUACGACCCAGAAGGCAUCCUGGGGACCAUCAACUCCAUCGUGAUGGCAUUUUUAGGAGUUCAGGCAGGGAAAAUACUCCUGUAUUACAAGGAUCAGACUAAAGGCAUCCUGAUCAGAUUCGCUACCUGGGGUUGUUUCCUUGGGUUUAUUUCUGUUGCUUUGACAAAGGCUUCCGAAAAUGAAGGCUUUAUUCCAGUAAACAAAAACCUCUGGUCCAUCUCCUAUGUCACCACGCUGAGCUCCUUUGCCUUCUUCAUCCUGCUGGUCCUGUACCCCGUUGUGGACGUGAAGGGGCUGUGGACGGGAACCCCGUUCUUCUACCCUGGAAUGAACUCAAUCUUGGUAUACGUGGGCCACGAGGUCUUCGCCAGCUACUUCCCCUUCCAGUGGAAGCUGGGGGACAACCAGUCACACAGGGAGCAUCUCGUUCAGAACAUAGUCGCCACUGCACUCUGGGUGCUCAUCGCUUACGUUCUCUAUAAGAAGAAGGUGUUUUGGAAAAUCUGAGGCCCCAGCUGAGAUGUGUUGCUAGCAGACAACAGGGCCUGGGGCAUCAUUAAAAGGAGCCAUUCGUUAUAAAACUGCAUAUUUGCAGGUUAUUGGGGGCGAUGCGGACGUGCUCAGGCUGGUUGAUUAUCGGACGUGGCUCAUCUGACUCUGUAUACGUGAGACUCAGACGUCUGAAACGUGAUUGUCUUUCCUCUCCAUCUUCUGUAGAAAUGGAUGCCUUUGCAACUUCAUUCUAAGGAUUUCUCCUCUAAUUUUUCACAAGGGAGUUAACCAGGCCAUUUUGCUUCUGUGACCACCUAAGUUCUGACCUUAUGAUCUUUCCUGCAGACUGCCUUUCUGUGCUGGUCCACGCCGACCAAGAUACCACCGUUUCUGUUGUGUCUGACUGUGAAGCUCAUUGGGUAUAGUGUGUGGUAACAUAGUCUAACAUAUUUCAGUUACGUACAGUUUAGUAUUUCAAGAAAUUCCAAGUAAUCUCCUUUCAGAUCUGUAAGUAACUGGUGGGUCCAAAAAAAUGCCUUUCUAUCAGAA